GUAAAGUACACCAAUGUAAAGUUACACUCUGAGCACACUAAUAAAACGAGUGAAUUUCGAUUCGUAAAGUUGGCAUAACGAAAAUCGUCCAAAAGUGACGGGCGUUUCGGUCUAUUUAAUUCCGCCUAUCCUACCGGAUGGUUAGAAUUUCCGUACAAGUUUUAAGUUUUUGCUUGUCUUCCAAGUCACGUAGAGUAAACAGUUGUAUCGAACAUGCGCGGUCAGGAUGCGGUUAUCGGCAUGUAAUAAAUGGCUACCGAAAAUCCAGAAUGUGACGUGCGACCGAAAUGUCCGAAUUUGGAAAUAGCCCAGCUAAAAUUCGCCCUCGGCCUGCCCGAAUACAAGGAGGACUGCAAGCUGCGCCAGCAACUCCUCUCCAUCAUCUACGCCGAAGACAUGGGACCCUACUUCCAAAUUGUCUGUAACGAUCUCAAAUGGGACAUGGACGUCGAAAAGCACCAACAAAUGACGGACCGCAACGAGACCGUCCUCUGCGAAAUCGACAAGGAGAUCGAGGAGAGCUUGAAGGACCUCGGCGUCACCGAAAUGCGAGAACUCUAUCUGAAGAAAGCCAAUUACCUGUGCAAAAUCGGCGACAAAGAGAACGCCCUCAAGGCGCUCGGUCAAGCCUACGACAGCACCAUCGCUUUAAAAAACAAACUGGAGAACAUCUACCAUUGCAUCAGGAUCGGCCUGUUCUUCAUGGACACCUCGCUCGUCAGGCGCAACCUACAACGAGCCGAAUCGAUGAUCGAACAAGGCGCCGAUUGGCACAGCCGGAACUGCUUCAAAAUCUACAAGGCCUUGUACUCGCUCACCACCAGGGACUUCAAAACCGCCUCGCAUCUCCUCGUCAACUCCAUAUCGACGUUCAUCUGCACCGAGCUGCUCUCCUUCGAUCUCUUCAUCAGCUACACCCUGCUCUCCGCCGUUCUGACGCUGCCGCGCAGCGAGCUCAAGUCCGAGCUGAUCCAAAACGCCGACAUGCUGCAGGCCCUCUACGACGCGCCCGUCCUCAAGGACUACAUGUUCUCGCUCUACGACUGCGACUACAAGGUGUUCUUCUCGAAGCUGGCCGACGUCGAGGUGCUGAUGAAGCGCGACAUGCUGCUCCAUCCGCACUACCAGCACUACGUGCGCGAAAUGAAGAUCAAGGCCUACGAUCAGCUGCUGUCCACCUACAUAUCGGUGAACAUAUCGUACAUGGGCGAGCAGUUCGGCGUGUCGGAGGAGUACAUCGAGGACGAGCUGAGCAAGCUGAUCGCGGCCGGCCGGUUGAACUACAAGAUCGACAAGAUCAGCGGGAAGAUCGUCAACGAGCGCAGGGACAGCCAGAUGGAGAUAUUCAAGGCGGUGAUCAAGCACGGCGACAUCGUCCUCAAUCGCAUACACAAACUGAGCAGGGUUAUUAACAUUUGAAUAUGGUGUAUAAUGGGAUGUUUGUAAGUAUGGUGCUCCAGGAACGGUCGCGCCAAUAAAAAUGUUUACAAAACCCCAGCGCG